AUGGAAGAUGACUUAUAUGGAGACAUAUCGGAGGCAGCAAUUGCCGAAGGUCCAGUCGAUGUCACUUUGUACGAGGGCCUAUUCGCGGGGCCUUCGUCUUCGGGGCACCAUGAGACCUACCUUCAAAACAAGAUUAACGAGCUCGAGGAGUUACUUCGGGAGCGCAAAUUAGAAGUCCAAGCACUGAGGAGUCAGCUGCAAGAGCGGGAUCAGCAGUUGCUAAACGUUACGACGGAGCGAGAUAUCCUUAUGCGCAACAUAUCUUGUCUGUUUAAGACGGCCAAGGAGGAAAUGACCCGCAAGCAGGCGGAAAUCAACAGCUUACGUGCCGAAGUCGCAGUGGCCAAGCAGCAGCAGCAGCAGCCGCGGCCACAGCAGCGCUCCCCUCAGCUACCCAUUCCCUCUUUGUGCAUGGAUGCAGAAGUUGUUCACCCAAUCCGGCCGUCUGCACCGGGCGUUGCAGCCGGAAGCAAGCGUGGCAGGGACACAGACGUAAAGGCGGACGCGGGCGCUGCCAAUGGAAACAGUAGGCGGUGUGGCGCAGAUGGGGCCAAGCGGGACAUGGGCGUGGCGACGACCGGAACAAAUAGUACUUCUUUCUGCGAUAACCGAAUAAGUGAUCAGGGCGCACUUAAGGACCCCGAUUACUCUGAUCACCGAAUUCGUGAGGACGGCAGCGAUUGCUACGAGGAGGGUUGCCGUGCUGGUUUUAGAGGCGCUGGGGAGCUUCAGCGCAGGGCCAGGGAGUCAGACCGCGGCAGAUUGGAGCGAGCGGGGUCCUCGUGCCGUGCUGGCAAGCCAGGACACGAGCGCGACCGAGGUGAUUCCGAUGAUGAGGAUCAAGAGCGGCCUCGCCAACGUCAUGGGCAAGGUAAUGCCCAUGCAAGGGAGCCGCCUGGACGGGAACGGUCCGGCGGAGUUGAUGGCCGGCAUGAUUACGACAGGCAACAUCGAGGCGUGCGAGCUGAACCGAGCGAUAAACGUGCACGGGAGGUAUACGAUGGUGAGGGGUCUUGCGGCGCAGGCCUCCGGAGAAGUCGCGACGCGGAGGGCCAACGGGAGCGCGAUUCCUCAAUUGAUGGCAGGGGAAGGGAUUUGCGGGGGAAGGAGCGCCCCGGUGGCGAGGACACGAAAAGAUAUCGGGACAGGGACGCGCACCACCAGCGGGAUCCUACAAGCGCUUGGCGGGCAGGGGAGCUACGAGGACAUGAGCGGUCUAGGGAAGGAGAUGGUCGGAGAGAUCGCGACCUGCAGCGCAGCAGGGAAGGUUUGAGCGAGCAAAAAGAAGGCCGCACCAUACGGGACGGCGACCGUGAGGGUCGGCAUCAGCAUAGUAACCGUGAUUAUAGAAAGGCUGAACGGUUUUAA